CGGACACAUUCAUGGAUGUAAUCUCCGACGUGACAGCGGCUACUUGUGCCUUCUCAGACGGAGUAAUCUGUCCAGACGCCGGUCAGCUUUGGUCAGGAGAGUCAGAGCAGAGCUCCCCCAGCGCAGAGUCUCUCGAAAUCCCUGCUAAAGCGGCUGCAAAAAUGGGGCGUCAAGAGGGCGACUAUGUGUGGAAGAAAACGACUGAAAACAUCCAAGAGGUUUUUGACCUGAUGGAGGAGUUGGGAACGGGGGCUUUCUCUGAAGUGUACAUGGUGAGGGAGAGGAAGACGGGCAAAACAUUUGCCAUGAAGUGCGUGAAGAAGAAAAAGAAAAGCGAUAUCAACUUGGAAAAUGAAAUCACCGUCUUGAGAAGAAUCAAGCAUGAGAAUGUUGUGGGAAUGGAGGAUUUCUAUGAAAGCCGGACUCAUUAUUAUCUCAUCAUGCAGCUGGUUUCAGGUGGUGAGCUCUUUGACCGGAUUCUGGACCGGGGGAUGUACUCUGAGAAGGAUGCCAGCAAGGUGAUCCAGCAGGUGCUGCAGGCUGUGGGCUACCUGCACCAAAACGGCAUCGUGCAUCGUGACCUAAAGCCGGAGAACAUUCUGUACUACAGCCAGGACGAAGACUCCAAAAUCAUGAUCAGUGACUUUGGUCUGUCAAAGAUGGUGGACAAUGGGAUCAUGUCUACAGCAUGUGGCACCCCAGGAUAUGUCGCCCCUGAAGUUCUUGCACAGAAGCCUUAUAGCAAAGCAGUGGACUGCUGGUCUAUUGGAGUUAUUACCUACAUUUUACUCUGUGGAUAUCCCCCUUUUUAUGAAGAGAGCGAAACAAGACUCUUUGCCAAAAUCAUGAAGGCGCAGUACGAGUUUGAUUCACCCUUCUGGGAUGAUAUAUCAGAAUCUGCAAAGGAUUUCAUACGUAAUAUGAUGCAGAAAAACCCCAACAUGCGCUACUCAAUAGACCAAGCGCUCAGACAUCCCUGGAUUAUUGGAAAGACUGCCCGGAGCCAGGACAUCUACUAUUCUGUUAGCACUCAGAUCCAGAAGAACUUUGCCCAGUCCAAGUGGAAGCAAGCCUUCAAUGCUACUGUCGCCAUCAACCACAUGAAGAAGCUGCACCUGGCCCACACGGAGCUGGCCCUGAGGCCCACCACCGUGCCGGACAUCAAAGUGAUCGGCGCGUCCUCCGCGGCCAAACCCCCCAAGCCCCUCGACCUGGACAAGACGGAUCCCGACAUCAACGGGAACGUGAACGGGACGCAUCACAUGUCCCUGCCCGUGAGCCCCGUGGACCUGAAGAGCCACUGCCACCCGCUGAAGGCCUGUCAGAGCCAGGUCAAUGGUCACCACGCGCCCAGUAUGGCCGAGCAGGGAAAGCACGUCUACCACUCGGAGCCGGCCAACCUGAACGGGUACGCUAAAAAUCGUAAUGGAAAGAAUUUACAGACUGGAGUUUGUUCUGUCAUGUGAAUGCUACGUAAUGUUUUCAUGAAAUGAAGAUUUUAUUUGGUCAGUGCUGAGAUUUGGACUCAGAAUGCAGAUGACCACUGUCUGUAGCUCCUCGUACGGAGAGGACUUGAUGCUACAGUGGAUCCAAGUGGUCUGUGUGGUUCGCAGUUUGUGAAACUUUUAAAGUUUGCACACAUGGUCGCACAAAUUCAACUCGCAUACCCCUUUCAGUUCCACAUUUGACAUUUUUUGAGGGAGAUAUGAUGGGCUUCCCUUGCUUGAAGCUGGACUUAGGACAGUCUGUGACCUUAUGUUAUAAACGGAAUGCCCAUUAAGGUUUUGAUUCCUUUAUUCCCCUUUUUUUGCUUGUUUUGUAUUGUUUUAAUCAGGAACCAUUUGCUUUCAUAAAAACACCUUCAGCUCAGUUUCUCUGGGGGGCAAUAUUAAAGGUAUUUUGUUGUUUUUAAUUUAAAAAAAAAAAAGAACACACAAUAGGCCAAAAGUAUUAUAAUGCUUCAUAUUAUAUAAAACAUUAUUAUAAAACCAACUUACAUACAUGAAAAACAUCAAACGACAAUCUUGUUACUUCCAAUAAGCUAUUCAAUUGUAACAUUUAAAGUUAACAGAGUUUCCCUUUGUUUUUAUUUCUUUUUGGUUCUGAUUUUUGUUUAUUUUCUUUAUUUAAAAAAAAAAAACAUAAAAAAUUGCAAUGAUUUAAAGAAAAAGUACAUUUUUAAGUAAAAAGAUUACAGUAUAAUGCCACAAGUACUUGCAUAAUUGCCAAUGUGUAGCUCUCAUAUGCCUUCAGCGCAUUAGAAUAUCAAAUAUGGAUGUCUGUAACAGAUGUUUUAUUGUCUUACUGUAAAUGACUCACUUUACAGAGUGCUGCUUUUUGUUUCUCCAUCUGUGUGCUACUUUUUGGCCGAUGGGUGGAACAGAUUUUGUUCUUGUAUUGUUUUUAUCAUGCUGGAAUUACAGAAAUAAAGGCUGU